GUAUCCCGGGCUGCGCUCGCUCCCAGUCCCCGCCGUCUCAUUUGCCACCUCCCAACGCGUGACCCCGGCGCGUCGCGUCCCGGGCCGGUGUCAGACGCGGGGUGCGCCAAGCGGUCCCAUGUGCCCCCUCCCUCUCGCGGCCGCCGCAGUCACCGCGCCCCGAACCCCGCUCCGGCUCCUCGGCAGAGGGCUCGCCGCCGCCAUGUCUACCGCCAGGCCACUCAAAUCCGUGGACUACGAAGUGUUCGGGAGAGUGCAGGGUGUUUGCUUCAGGAUGUACACUGAAGAUGAGGCUAGGAAAAUUGGAGUGGUUGGCUGGGUGAAGAAUACCAGUAAAGGCACUGUGACAGGCCAAGUGCAAGGCCCUGAAGAGAAAGUCAAUUCCAUGAAGUCCUGGCUGAGCAAGGUUGGAAGUCCUAGUUCUCGCAUUGACCGCACGAACUUUUCCAAUGAAAAAACCAUCUCUAAACUUGAAUACUCUGGUUUUAAUAUUCGAUACUAAUAGAAAAGUUAAAAUUGUAAUGCUUAUACUGUACAACAGAAUAGACUGUAUUCUUAAGUCUGCAUACUAGAGUGACAGUAGCAGAAUAGGAUAAAAAAAGAAACUUUCUGUUCCGAAAGCUGCAACAUUACGUUACUAAAAAUGGUUGACAAUGAAACAGUUUUAGUCAACAAUGUUUUUAACCAGCCAAAUUUAGCAUUCUAAAAUUUUAAAUGUCAUUACAAAUUAUUUAAUAUGAAUAUUUUAUUUAAACUUGUCUCAUGGAAUCUUUAAUUCUAAGGAAUAUUAUGACACACAUGUUAUUUGGCUGGACAUAAAAUAACCACUUAAAAAUUAUUUUGGGGUAUUAUCUGAAUUGAGUUCUAAAACCUCUGAAUAAUAAUUUGUUAAAGUUGAGUACUUUGUUUAACAACAGCAAAAUAACCAAUAGUUUCAUAUAAAUGUAUAUGAUGAUCAGCAUAGCCUUAAAAUCAAUAAAGAGUUAACUUUAA